CUAGGCGGGGAAGUGUGUGCUCUGACCGUGUGUGUGUAUGUGUGUGUGUCCUGCUCGGCCAAGCCUCACCGGUACCCUCACUCUUGCCCGCCGCCCCGCCCUCACUCACAGUAUUUUAUUUAUCCAGCCAAAAUACGUACGUGCUUGACUCACACCAUAGGCUUUGUUAGAUUAUAAAGUUACUACUGUUGUGAAUCUUGAAAGUAACACUGUAAUCUUGGCGGUGGACAGUGCGUAACGUCAGGAAAAGAACCCAAAUAAUUUACAACUCACGUUACAGCCACUGAGAGUCAGGUUUUCCUGUUAUGAAUACUUAAGAGUCAAAUGUGCGACAAAUGACUAGUGGGCUCUGGAGGCUUCCCACACUGAUGCGUUCCUCUUGCAAACAGCCAAGAUGAUGUGUAACUGAGGCCCCUAUGGAAAUAUUGACAACACUGUCCGCUUAUGAAGGAGUGAGACGCGAGAGAGAGGAGCGAUCUUUUUUCGCCUACAGAAAGGUGUGAGUUUGAGGAGUCCACCCCGUCACUACCUGGACCCAAGGUGAGCUGUGUUCUAGAUAAGAGAUCUGUUUCAACUCCUUCAAGCCCCACGCCAGUCAUCACCAGUUGUCACUUCGGUAAUUGAGAAUAUCGUUCAGUGUUUCUUCUGUGAUGCUGCGACAAAUUGUGAAAUAGAUUGACGAGGUGAAUGUUAUCAAGGGAAAAGGUUACAAAAUCAUUGAAACAUCAGGACACAAGUGUUUGAUUUCACGGUCUUUCUGGGUGAAGUUUGUUUUGUGUAGUUAAUGUUAUGGCGGACAAUCAAGCCAGAUAUAGUUCAGAAGGAAUAACUUUUACUCACUCUAUUUCACGAGGCAGAAGGAGUGUCUCUGAGUCUAUUUAGAGGAACACAUUCACCCAAGAGAACUGUGAUGUACGACCUUGAAUGUGACUGAAAAUUGCUCAUAAUUCUUGAGUGACUUAACUUGACAGGUCACCCUCAUGACUUUGUGGUGACCUCUUGAUCCCUGAAAAACCUCCAGGUCACGAUCAUGACCUCAUGGUGACCUGACUCACACAACCCGCCUGGUCACACAGAUGGCGUGUAAUAGCUCCUACACCAUGAAGGUCUUUGUAAACUGGAUCAUCUUGUUGUCGCUGGCCAGGACAGUCGCUGUACAAGAACCUGCCAACACCACCAACACGACCACCACUACCACAACUACCACUGCCACUGCUGCUGGUCUUAACGCCACCACCGUUGUCACUAGUACCACCACAACUGUUGCGGCUACCCCAGGCACAUCACUCUACACGACCACAGCAGCCGAGGAGUUUGUGCCAAAUAAUCACUUCCGUCAGCGGUUGUUCUUCUCCGCCAUCAGAAGCACUUCACCACCACCUUCCUCUGCUUUCCUUCCCUCUCCCUCUCCAGCUUCUCCUUCCUUAUCACCCUCUUCUUUUUUCUCCUUCUACUCCUUAUCGUCCUCCUCUCCCUCCUACCUGCAACCCCAGCCCGCUCCCAUUAGGAUCCAGAGAACUAUCCCUUCAACAGCUCCUCCUCCGCCCUAUUUCGACCCAUCGUCUCCCACCAAUGUGUCAUCGCAGCUUGGGACUAAAGCCUUCCUCCCCUGCAGGAUCAGGAACCUCGGCAACCAGUCGAUAUCAUGGAUCAGGAACCGUGACUCACACAUCCUGACGGUGGAUCGCUACACCUUCAUCGCCGACGAGAGGUUCCAGGCGUGGCACGAGCCGGACACGGAAACAUGGACACUGCAGGUGAAGUACGUGCAAGAGAGAGACGCCGGCAGGUACGAGUGUCAGGUGUCCACUGAACCCAAGAUGAGCCACUUCGUCCACUUCCACGUCGUCACUCCACUAGUACACAUACCUGGUGGCCCCGACAUGUACGUCAAGAGCGGCAGUACAGUGACCAUCAAGUGCAUCAUCUCUGCUGCCCUCAUCCAACCCGAGUAUAUCUUCUGGUACCAGGGCAAGGAGCGAGUGGUGGAGGACGAUCUGUCAGGAAGAGGACGUCGGGUCUUCUUGGAGCGAGUCUCGGAGGACACGACCGUAGGAACUCUGCUCAUCCCUACAGCCUCCCCGAGGGACCAGGGAGCCUACAGCUGCGCCCCCGCCAGUCUCCCCAACGGCUCUGUUACGCUACAUGUUCUUAAUGGAGAACACCCGGCAGCAAUGUACCACGGGGGCGGAGGACACACCCGGCCAGUGACCUCUACUGUGGUGGUGUGGUGCCUGAUGGUAUGGUGGCUGCUGGGUGGUGUGGCAGGACCUCUCCACCCUCACCUACCGCUGCUCACCUGAUCCAACCGCCGGGGUCCCCACUCACCUGCACCACCACCUUAACCUCCUGAAGGGCGGCUCAAGCCAGUGGUGAAACUCGUGAUAAUGGUGACAUAUGAGUGACGAGUUCAGUAUAUAUUUUAUAGAAACAAAAUUAUUAUAUAACUGGUUGGUUAAAUGUAGUGAAGAAAAUAUAUAACUCUUGUUGAAAUGUGUGAUCCUUCGCCAGUGUGAGCAUUGUUGAAAUAUGUGACCCUUUGCCAGUGUGAGCACAUUCAACCAUGUUGGUGAACAGGGUCGAUGUUACAUGUCCACACUCAUGAUAAACUUAUUUAUUGAAUAUAUUUUGUAUAUUGACCAGAGGUGGAGUGACGCACCAGGACAUACGAGCUCGUAGUGGGUAGUGUGGUGGUCCUGUUGUAGAUGCUCACAUUUUUUACGCUGUAUUGGACGAUGUGAUAAGUUGACCAGUGAAAAGUUAUUGGCACUCUAGACAAGAGGGAGACGGUGGAAGAGAGAGAGACAGGGGAAAAGAGAAAGAGAAACAGGGGGAGAGAUAGAGGAAGAGAGGAAGACAGAGAGAGAGAGAGAUAAUGAUGAUAGCGUGUGGAGGUAGACCAGUGGCAGUAAACAAUUUUAGUUACUGUGGAAGGCCAGUGACGAGGAGUGUCAUCCCCGUGUUACAGUGUUCACCAGUCAUGUUACUUGUGUUUUGUGAUCCUUCAUGAUUAUACUGCGCCAUCGCCAUCAUUAUCAUCGCCAUCCUUGUCAUCAUCAUCAUCAUCAUCAUCAUAAUCAUCAUCAUCAACGACAUCA